AUGAUGGCUUUGCUGCGAAUCCAACCCCGCGCAGUGGGGGCAGAACCUGUCAAUCAUGUCCCGGCAGAAAUCCCCAGAGCGGGGAUGGUAAUCUCAACUAUUCUCUCGAUGUUGACGAUAGCAGUACUCGCAAUCUGCUUCACAAGGAGAACACAAGCAAUCCGUAAUUGGUCCAAGGUGCCAUUGACAAGAUGGCUCAUCCUGAUAAUUUACGGCGACUCCAUUCUUUUCAUCUUCGCCACUGCAAUACUGGAACAUGGAUUCGGUCUCAAUCUGAAUAUGAUGAUAUGCGGUUCAGCGAUUUUGCUUUGUCUCAUAUGCUACAUGUCGACUAAAGUUAUCUACUACUUUUUGGUCGAGAAAGUAUACAUUAUUCGCAGUGUAUCGAAACCACGACUGAAAUCGAAGCUUUAUCUAUUCAACUGCUUCGGCAUGCUACUUCCCUACAUCGUUUGCGUUAUCCUCAACUUCGUCUACCGAACAGCAUAUUUCACUCCAGACGGAACGUGUAUUAUUGGGAUGGAAAUGAAGGCAAUGAUGCCUCUCAUCAUAUUCGACGCGGUCGUUAAUUUCUACCUCACGAUGCUUUUCGUCCUCCCACUACGCUCCCUUUACUCAUAUAAAAAUACACCCAAUAGUGCCCUCCGCACAAUUGCGCUUCGAUCAUUCGUCGGCUCUCUCGCAACACUCACAUCAUCUGUCGUCAACCUGACCGUACUCAUGGUUCUCAAGGGCGAAGAAGCAUGGAUCUGUCUAAUGUGCUGCAACGCAGAUAUUCUGUUCUCAGUCUUGGUACUUCACUGGGUUACAAGCAAGGAUUCCGGUGGGGGAACAAGUGUGGCGUCGAAUACGAGCCGUGGUCUCACCUCUCGACGAAGGCAGCGACAAGAGAGCGAGUCCCUCGCUUCGCCGACAGCGGGCACUAUCGACAAACUCCAACGCUUCGGUGUUUUUGGUGACCAGGUCAUCGGAGGUGGGUCAGUCACGACGCAUAUAUCGGCUGAGAAAAGCAAUGAUAUCGCUGAUGCCGGAGUGCAGAGGGGACAGGAGACUUUUGAUCUUGAGAACGCCCCCGGAGGAAGGAUGAAGAGGAACAAGAGUGUCAAGGAAGAGUAUCCUAUGGGGAGGAUCCAGGUACAGGUCGGACAUACCGUUGAGACAACGCGGAAGGGUGGUGUGAUUAUUGGCAUGAAUGAGGGCGAUGUCGGGGAUUUCCCAUUAGCUCGCACUCAUCUGAGCACUGAUGAGCUGGUGAAAAAGUUUUGA